AUGGGGGUUCUAGUCAAUGGAGCUCAAAGUGCUUUUGUGGAAGGAAGGCAAAUCACUAAUAAUAUACUGCUUGCACAUGAAUUGAUCAAGAACUACAACAGGAAAUGUAUCUCCCCUAGAGUUAUGCUUAGUAUUGAUAUCAAAAAAGCUUUCGACACCAUCAACUGGAAUUUUUUUAGAGAUUUACUGAUUGGAUUGGGCUUCCCUAAUAAGAUGGUAGACUGGAUUAUGACUUGUAUAUCUACCCCUUCUUACUCCAUUUCUUUAAAUGGAUCACUCCAAGGAUAUUUCAAAGGCAAAAGGGGGCUGAGACAGGGGGAUCCUUUAUCCCCAUAUCUCUUUAUCUUGGGCAUGGAUUAUCUCUCUAGGACUUUGGAUUUAUUGAGCAAUGACAAACAAUUCAAUUUCCAUCCGAAAUGCAAAAGGCUCAAGAUAACUCAUCUUAUUUUUGCUGAUGAUCUAUUACUUUUUAGCAAGGGAGAUCUGGUAUCAGUCAAUAAGCUUCAGCAGUGUUUACUAAAUUUCAGUGCAACUUCUGGGCUUGAGGCUAAUCCUAACAAAUGUCAUAUCUUCUUUGGGGGUGUAAAUGAAAGGAUUAAGGCUUCUAUAAAUGACUUGUUGGGUUACACUGAAGGAAAUCUACCUAUUAGAUAUCUUGGAGUCCCUCUCAUAUGCAAAAGACUUUCAUAUAUAGACUGUGUCCAAAUCUACUGGACAUCUAGUUACAUUCUGCCCAUGAAAGUACUUCAGAGAAUUGAUGAAAUGAAUAGGGAUUUUUUGUGGGGAAGAUCUGAUCAUAAGCAAAAAGUUUCUCUGGUAGCAUGGGAGAAAAUCUGUCAGGGGAAAAAAUUUAGUGGAUUAGGAAUUUCCUCUGCUAAACUCUGGAAUUUUGCUGCUGUUUUGAAGAAUAUCUGGUAUAUUCAUGUGAAUAAAGAGCUCCUAUGGAUUAAGUGGAUCCAUGGUACUUAUCUAAAACACAAUGAUAUCUGGACUGUUAAUGCUAAAACAAAUGAUUCAUGGCUCUGGAAACAAAUGCUGAAAAACAGAGAUAAGGCUUUGGAUUUAACUGGAGGGGCUGAUAACCUGAAGCUUAUCAUUGGAUCUUGCUACAAGAAUUCUAAAGUUAAACCAUCAGCCUUGUAUACAAUUCUAUCUCCAACUUCCCUCAAAGUUCCAUGGUAUAAUACUGUUUGGGGAAAUUUAAAUUACCCUAAGCACUCCAUCAUAAGUUGGCUUGUUGUUCAAAACAGGUUGCUAACACAAGACAGGUUGGCUAGGAUGGGGAUACUGAAUGCAAAUUCCUGUUAUCUUUGCAAUGGUGAUGCAAUAGAGAGUCGUGACCAUCUCUUUUUUGAAUGUGAAUACUCUAUGAAUGUCUGGAACAAGAUCAUGUCAUGGCUUAACUUCAGAUGGCGUUCUUGUAACUGGAAUUGUAUGUUGGAAUGGUUCACUACCAGUUUGAGAGGCAAGGGUUUUAAGCAAAGGAUUAAGAGGAUGGCCUUUAACACUUCAUUAUACAAGAUUUGGAAUGAAAGGAACUCCAGGAUUUUUAUUCAGAAAUCCAAAGGGCCUGAUCAGCUAGUUAAAGAGAUCAAAGUUGAUAUGUUGAUACUAAUUCUCAAUGGCAAUACUGCUCCGGAAGAUAGAGAAUGGGUUUUAUCACUGUAA